AUGAUCGUCAGCUUACUUGAUACACCGAUUCCUUACGUUUCAGUACCUGGUCUUCAGCCGCAGUCAACACUGGAUGCGAUGAAGGACGUCAGAUCUAGAAUACGUUGUAGUAAUGUACCAAACACCAUCACCGGAUUUGCUGUCGAGGUUACUGAUGCUUUGUCACCGAUCACGUCAGAGGUCUCGGACAAUGUUUAUACUGAUUUCUCGAAACCAGUAUAUAAGAACAAAAAUGACAUCAUGCAUAUUUACCCAUCGACUCCAAUAUACAAUCGCGAUAUCCAACCAGCCACAUUGUCUGUUGUCUCCUUUGAGAGAUUCGUGGACAAAUUACUUGACAUAAAUCAGCAACUACCAUCAUCAUCAUCACCAUCACCAGCACCACCGCCAACUGCUCCUCCUCCGCAGCAACAACAACUCCGGUUCAUCGCAUGCUACUUUCAAGCAGCAUUUUUUACACCACGACUGUAG